GGCCCUGCAACACACGCACACACACACACACGCACACACACACGCACACACUCUGCCACCAUGUAGACCCACAUCUCUGCAGUGACGUCACCUCGUCCUCCAUUCAGAACUCCGUUGACUUCUUAAAGAAUCGAAGCUUCAUUGGAGGUGUGAGGGAGUCACGGGAGAACGAGGAACAAGAAGCAGUGAAAAGUCGCACAGCUGCUGGUCUGAGGUGGUUCUGGUGCCGCGGAGGUUCUGUGUCUGUCCACCGGCAAGUGUCCUCCUGUCUGUCCCUCUCUCUCUCUGUCUCUCGGUCCCUGCCUGUCCCUCUCUCUCUCUGUCUCUCGGUCCCUGUCUGUCCCUCUCUCGGUGCUGAGGACCGGGUGUCUCACCAUGCUGACCCUGCUGUCCUCCAUGUAUCUGGUGGUCCGGGCGUUUUCCUCUCAGCCUGAACCAAUCCGUGUUCUGGUGACUGGCGCUGCCGGUCAGAUCGCCUACUCUCUGCUCUACAGCAUCGCCAAGGGAGAUGUGUUCGGCAAGGACCAGCCAAUCGUCUUGGUCCUGCUGGACAUCCCUCCCAUGCUGCCGGUGCUGGACGGAGUCGUCAUGGAGCUGCAGGACUGUGCCCUCCCACUGCUGAGGGAGGUCAUCCCCACUGACAAAGUGGAGGUGGGCUUCAAGGACCUGGAUGCCGCCAUCUUGGUGGGUUCCAUGCCCAGGAAGGAGGGCAUGGAGAGGAAGGACCUGCUGAAGGCCAACGUGGCCAUUUUCAAGACGCAGGGCAGCGCGUUGGACAAGUACGCCAAGAAGACCGUCAAGGUUUUGGUGGUUGGAAAUCCGGCAAACACCAACUGUCUGAUCGCCUCCAAGUCUGCUCCAUCGAUCCCCAAAGAGAACUUCUCCUGCCUCACGCGCCUGGACCACAACAGAGCCUCCUCCCAGGUGGCGAUGCGUUGCGGCGUGUCCUCUGACAACGUGAAGAACGUCAUCAUCUGGGGGAACCACUCCUCCACCCAGUACCCCGACGUCCACCACACCAAGGUCAACGUCCACGGCUCGGAGAUGGGCGCCUACGACGCCAUCAAGGACGACGCAUGGCUCAGAGGAGACUUCAUCUCUACGGUGCAGUUGCGCGGUGCCGCCGUCAUCAAGGCCAGGAAGCUGUCCAGCGCCAUGUCCGCUGCCAAGGCCAUCUGCGACCACAUGAGGGACAUCUGGUUCGGCACCAAGGAGGGUGAGUUCAUCUCCAUGGGCGUUUACGCUGCUGGAAACCCCUACGGAAUCCCAGAGGACCUCAUCUACUCCUUCCCCAUCCAGAUCAAGAACAAGACCUGGAAGGUGGUUGACGGUCUCUCCAUCAACGACUUCUCCCGAGCCAAGAUGGACGCCACAGCGGCCGAGCUGGUGGACGAGCGAGACACCGCCAUGGACUUCCUGUCCCAGUGACUGUCUCCCCCUGCUGGUCAACAGCAGCAGCAACACGUCGUCCCCCUGAAGACUUGCUGUUCGCGACUCUGAAGACGAAGCCCCUUCAACAUUAUAACCGUCCCAGCUGGUGUCUGUGUGUUACCUUUUCCUGUGUGUGUGUCUGUGUGUGUGUGUAGGCCACUUCUCCAGGUUUUCAGAAAACCGUCUAAUGACCACCCCCUGGCCUCCUCCGCCUGCACAGCAGUCGAGAGAACGUAGAUGAUAACGAUGAUAACGCACAUUAGCCGGCCAGGAACUGUAACGAUGUGUUGUCACCAAUAAAACCACACAGAAACUGA